CCUAGCGGGGGUUGGUGGGGGUCUUGGCACCCCAGGCAGCAUAGCAACAACACAGCGCCUACCAGCAGAGCUCCGCAAGAGGCUUACUUACACCACCACACGACAUCCCGAUUCAACACCACCAUGGCUUCAGAUUUAGCGGACUCGCCAUUCUUCCGGAGACGAAAGGCGAAAAUCGUCAAGGAUCCCCCGAAGUUCGACCUCGAAUCAUACAUCUCCAAUUACGAUGGCUUCACUCGCAUCGACCGCCUCCACCAUAUCGGCUCACACUCUCCUUAUCUCGCAACGGAUGCGUACCGAGCAGCCAUCGCCGAGGCACUCCAAGGCAAGAACGUACAGCUCUACCUCGAUCUCGUCGCAGAAUACAGCCAGAUUGCUCCCGAUGAUCCCGAAGCGUUGACAGACACACGUUGGGCUGAGGAAAAGACACGCAAAGUACAAAAUGAGCAAGACAAAUUGGAGCAUGAGUUGAAGUCGUACAAGAACAACUUGAUCAAGGAGAGCAUCCGGAUGGGUAACGAGGACAUGGGCCACUUCUACUAUGCCUGUGGCGACUGGACCAAUGCUCUCAAAGCCUACUUACGCAUGCGCGAACACUGCACCUCGACCAAACACCUUGCCGAUAUGGCUCUGCGCCUUGUAUUCGUCAGUAUCGCCUCGAAAGCAUGGUUGACAGCACAACAAAACCUUAUGAAGGUAGAUUCGGCACAGCUCAAGGGCGACGAGAAGACCAAGUUGGAUCCGCUUCUCUCCGCUCUUGCAGGUUUGGCUCACAUGAGCCUUGGUCGCUUCCGGGAAGCUGCCUUGAGCUUUAUCAACACGUCGCCCGCAUUUUUGACCGCCGAGCCCGCGGCAGGAAUCAAGUGGCAGCGAGAAGUAUUGACAGGCAACGAUAUUGCUGUAUAUGGCGGCUUGUGCGCACUUGCAUCCAUGGAUCGGACGGAGCUACAAAACCAAGUUCUCGCCAACAACGACUUCCGCAACUUCCUUGAGCUGGAACCUCACAUCCGUCGCGCUAUAAAUCUUUUCUGCAGCUCCAAGUACAGUGCUUGUCUCGAAAUACUCGAGAGCUAUCGAAGCGACUACUUGCUCGAUGUUUUCCUCUCCGAAGUGGUAGGCGACAUAUACAGCCGUAUCAGGACAAAGAGCAUUGUCCAGUACUUCAUCCCAUUCAGCUGCGUGACAUUAGACGAAAUGGCCUCAAAGUUCCAACUCACUCGUGAGCAUGCCACCAUCGAAGAUGAGCUGGAGGCCAUGAUCAAUGACGGCACCCUCAACGCACGGAUCGAUCUCGUCGAUAGACUUCUCAUAUCUCCACCCACAAAUCCCCGGUUCAAUGUUCACAACGAUGCACUAUCGAUGGCGCAGCGAUAUGAGCAUACUUUGCAACUUCGAUUGACACGUCUGAACAUGUUGGCCGCCGGCAUGGAAAUCCGCCCUGAAAGGAACAGCCACCAGAGGGAAAAUGCACCAUCUUCAUUUGGUGAAGGUAUUAGUGCAGGCUUGAGGGGAUUUGGAAACAAGAUUGGUCUGCAGUGA